AAAAUAAUCUUAUAUUUAAUAUGUUUAAAAAACGCUCGGAAAGUUCAGAAAGCUCGGGAAAAACACCGAAAAAACCAACGGAAAAAUCAACGGAAAAAUUAUCAAACUCAUCUGAUACCUUGAGCAAAAUGGGGGAAAUUGCUGUUGAAGUUGGCGGAGCAGCAGCUGGAAUGGUCGAUACUUUAAAAAACAAUCUUCCAAGCGGCAGUACUACUCAAGCAUUCUUUAAAACCGCAGGAGAUAUAGCCGAAGCUGUUACUCCUUUCCUACCUCUUGUGGGACUUGUGGGUACUUUAACAAAGGAAAUUGUAGAAGCAUAUGAUAAUGUUCAAUAUAAUAAAAAAACCUGUAGUGCAUUAGUCAAUCGAGUUGAAGCUGCUGAAUUUUCUAUUAAAGCAUUGAUGAGACAAAAAGAAGAGAAUCUUAAAAAUUUUAAGGAUCAAAAUUAUUAUCAAACUUUUGUAAGAUUUACAAAUUGUCUAAAACAAAUUAAGAAAUUAUUUGAAGAUAUUUCUCAAUUACCUAAAUUUAAAAAAUUUGUUUCGAGUGCAAAUAUUAAAGAAAGGUUUAAAGAGAAUAUUGAAGAAUUUAAUAAUUGCUCUAAUGAUUUAAAUUUAUCAAUUUCUAUCGCUACACAAGAUCAAUUGGAUAAGGAUUUGGCAAUUUUACAUGAAGAUAUGAUUGAAAUGAAUAAGUUUUUACAUAAGAUUGAAGGUGGUAUCACAGUUACAGUUGAUAAUACCGAAACAAUCAUGAACAAAUUGGAAAUCCAAAACAAUGAAAUAAAAAUAAUAGUUGAAAAUGUUAUAGAACAAAAUAAACGGCUUAUAGAAAUGAAUGAAAAACUCGAUGAAGACAGAGAUAAAACGAUCAAAUUCACAUCUCUUAAUAGAGUAAUUGAUACUAUUUCCUUACUUAAUAAACAAGUAAAUGAACAAGACUCAACAGUAGUGGUUACAGCCAAAGAUAUUAAAGCUUCAGAACUCCAAGAUCCUCUAAGAUAUGUAAAACCACGUCAAGGUAGCAGAGUAAAAAUUCAAAAAAAAAUUUAUAAUGCAUUGGAAGUGGCUUGUAAACCUAUUUCUGUAGACAAUAUUCAAAAAACUAAAAAGCACCUUGCUAUCUUGGAAAAAUUGGAUGCUUGCCCA